CUGUGAUGACGUCGGGGCCCGGACGCUUGAGGAUGGCGGCGGCGGCGGCGGCUGCUGUGGCCGCGGCCCGGAGAGGGUCAGCGCAGCCGCGGAGACGCCGAAGAGCCCGCCGCCCCGGCGAGGUGUAGACGGGGCGCUGCCUGUAGAGCAGGUCCUGCCAGCUUCGCUGGAGAGGAUGCCCCCGUGUCCGUGAUGGGCUGUGGGACAAGCAAGGUCCUUCCCGAGCCGCCCAAGGAUGUCCAGCUGGAUCUGGUCAAGAAGGUGGAGCCCUUCAGUGGCACUAAGAGCGAUGUAUACAAGCACUUCAUCACAGAGGUGGACAGUGUUGGCCCUCUUAAAGCUGGGUUUCCAGCAGCCAGUCAGUGUCCAAACCCCUGCCCCGGUGCCCCCACUACCGGCCACACAGAACAUCCCUCAGAACCACCACGCAGGCCCAGGGUGGCUAAGUACAGGGCCAAGUUUGACCCACGUGUGACAGCCAAGUAUGACAUCAAAGCCCUGAUUGGCCGAGGCAGCUUCAGCCGAGUGGUACGUGUAGAACACCGGGCAACCCGGCAGCCAUAUGCCAUCAAGAUGAUUGAGACCAAGUACCGGGAGGGGCGGGAGGUGUGUGAGUCGGAGUUGCGUGUGCUGCGCCGAGUGCGCCAUGCCAACAUCAUCCAGCUGGUGGAGGUGUUUGAGACACAGGAGCGAGUGUACAUGGUGAUGGAGCUGGCUACUGGUGGAGAGCUCUUUGACCGCAUCAUUGCCAAGGGUUCUUUCACCGAGCGUGACGCCACACGGGUGCUGCAGAUGGUGCUAGAUGGUGUCCGGUAUCUGCAUGCCCUGGGCAUCACACACAGAGACCUCAAGCCUGAGAAUCUGCUCUACUACCACCCAGGCACUGACUCCAAGAUCAUCAUCACUGACUUUGGCCUGGCCAGUGCCCGCAAGAAGGGUGACGACUGCCUGAUGAAGACCACCUGUGGCACACCUGAGUACAUCGCCCCCGAGGUCCUGGUCCGCAAGCCCUACACCAACUCAGUUGACAUGUGGGCACUGGGUGUCAUCGCCUACAUCCUGCUCAGUGGCACCAUGCCUUUUGAGGACGACAACCGUACCCGGCUAUACCGGCAGAUCCUCAGGGGCAAGUACAGUUACUCUGGGGAGCCCUGGCCUAGUGUGUCGAAUCUGGCCAAGGACUUCAUUGACCGCCUGCUGACAGUGGACCCUGGCGCCCGUAUGACUGCACUGCAGGCCCUGAGGCACCCAUGGGUGGUGAGCAUGGCAGCCUCUUCAUCUAUGAAGAAUCUGCACCGCUCUAUCUCCCAGAACCUCCUCAAACGCGCCUCCUCACGCUGCCAGAGCACCAAAUCUGCCCAGUCCACACGUUCCAGCCGCUCUACACGCUCCAACAAGUCACGCCGUGUACGGGAGCGGGAGUUGCGAGAGCUCAACCUGCGCUACCAGCAGCAGUACAAUGGCUGAGCCGCCUGGCUGUGAUGCAAAAAUGGCAUGGUUCAGCCUGGCUACUCAUUGCUGUGCCAUCGGGGCCCGACGGCCCUCUCUGGAGACAGGCCUGUAUGGCCAGUUGUAGGUGAAUGGACCCGGUCAUUUCUCUGUGCCUUCAGCAGCCGCUAUCCUCACCCUGGGCCUGAGCCUGGUGUGACAGAAUGGAGCGAGCCCAGGGAUCUCUGAGCCCCCUGAACUGGGAUCCUGGCCCAGCACUGAUACUCCUUUUGGUGGACAACUGCUCUGGUACAAGUUGGAGAAAGGACAGGGCCUGGCCUUCAGUCUUCCUCAGCCCUUGGCUCUUCCCCAGACCAAAGGGGCAUGCAGUGCCAGGUAGAGGGUGUCCUGUAGUUCCAGCACAGUUACUUCUGGAAUUCCCCUUUUCUCCACUGAGCUUUCCUCCCUGGCCCUCCACUUUCCAUGGCAUCCUGAUCCUCAUGUUUAUGCUCUAGUGAGAGGCCCAGGUAGGCAUAAAACUUGUGCCUUAGCUGGACUCUUAGCCUCUGGCUAAGUCUAAACAGCCCCCAUCUCCCAGCCCAGAUCUGUCUUCCUUCAUGGUGCCCCCAGGGACCCCUUCUGGCUCCAGGACUUGCUAGGACCUCUGGUGGUAGUGCCAUGGCAUGGUCCUCGGCUCUUCUGGACUGUGUGACCAUGUUGCUAGCAGGCUUGCUCCAGGCUCCAACCUCUGACUGUGGAAGAGUUCCUCCCCACCAGCCCAGCGCUCUCAGUGCCUUCUUUGCAGAGCCCAUCAUCAUGGAUGCCCAUUCUAUUCCCCAGGUGCCUCCUUCCCAACUGUGGGGGAUUAAAGGGAGCCCCACUGCUGCUACCUGGGGGAUGGGGGCACCUGGGCAAAGGCAGAGGGCAUGGGCUUCCCAGGGAGGGCCCCAUCAGGAUUCCAGUGUCAGCCUAGUUCCACCCCUGGUACUGCCCAUUGCCACUUCCCUUCAGGCUCUGCUGUUCCCCUCUCUGCAGCUGCAUGAAGGAGCCAUCUACUAUCUGGCAUGAGUAUGGGCAACCUAAGAAUGACCACAAUACUCACCCUCCAUCCUCCAAGAGGAAAUAGGAAGGAAGGAGCUGCUGCAUUGAGGGAGGGUCCCCAGGCUGCUCAACUCUCCCCUUUUGCUGAGCUUCUGCACAGCUCCCCCUGGAACUUAGCCAUACUGUGUGACCUGCCUCUGAACCCUGAGUGCCUGGAGCACUGGCCUUCUCACAGCUGGCCUUGCCUGAUCCAGUCUGUUCCUGCUUCCUUUCACAGCAUUACCCUUCUAGUCUGGGCCCCGUUGAAUCUCAGGCUGGAGGGAGCCCCUGCAGAAGGUGGAUGGAAUUGGGUGGUUGCUUUCCCAGAGGCCUGAGCCAGACCAUCCCUAUGUCAGUCAUUGUGCCUCCCGCCACCACAAACCAGGCUGGAACCCAGCCCCCUUCCUCCACAGCUGCUUUCAGUGGGUGGGGAGCCAGGGCCCAGCUUUAGCCUUAGCCAGACUGCAGGGCCCCUGCCAGUAGGGAGGGUUCCCUACUGAAGGUAGGUACUGAGGUACCCUCAGUCACUUCCUCCCAGUGGGUAGCCCUGGGCCAGGAGCUCCUCUUUCUGCAUGUGCCACCUCCAGCAAGAAACCAAGCCAAAGAGACCACUCUGGACCAAAUCAACUGUGCCUUAUAUACCCCUCCUUCCGUCCCCAGUACCCCCCUGGCACAAGGCCGUGGAAAGCCCAAGCCCCAUGGCUUCAGAAUUCCCUCACUUCCCCAGGUGCUUCUGGGGGCCUGAAGCCCUGGGGAUUUAUUUCCUUUCUUGCCCAGGAGACUGGUCCUCAGGGUAGGACAGAAGGAAUUUGGAGACUUGGGCCUUUGAUAGAUCCUCUUGGGCCUUUAUGCCAUGGACCAUGGAGGGAGAAUGUGCAGUUAUUUAUUUUGUGUACUCAGUUUGUAAAUGUAUUCUGUGUACUCAGUAAACAGGCUGCCCUCCCCAGGGAAGGCUGCCCAUUCAUUCCAA